AUGCAACAGAGAAUGUACAAAGCAUGUUUCUACCAGCAGCAUUCAUGUGUUCAUACGCGCACUGACUCCAAAUACAAAGCACAUUUCCAAAAUGUUGUCUUUUGGACAAAGCCAUUGUUUGGGAAAAGUUGUUCUGCACAUGGAUUAUUGAAUAUCAAAUCUAAAAUGGAGAUUUUGAAGAAGGGACAACUUCCCUUUUUUUUUAUUCAUAAGUGGACUCGCACUAGUUCUCAUUUUUGGACGUCCUAUCUUGUUCCUUUUAUUCCACAUAUUUAUUGUUUGUACUUGACCUACUUCCUGUUUGUUUAUUGUUUGUACUUGACCUACUUCCUGUUUGUUUAUCGUUUGUACUUGACCUACUUCCUGUUUGUUUAUUGUUUGUACUUGACCUACUUCCUGUUUGUUUAUUGUUUGUACUUAACUUACUUCCUGUUUGUUUAUUGUUUGUACUUGACCUACUUCCUGUUUGUUUAUUGUUUGUACUUGACCUACUUCCUGUUUUUUUAUUGUUUGUACUUGACCUACUUCCUGUUUGUUUAUUGUUUGUACUUGACUUACUUCCUGUUUGUUUAUUGUUUGUACUUGACCUACUUCCUGUUUGUUUGUUUGUACUUGACCUACUUCCUGUUUUUUUAUUGUUUGUACUUGACCUACUUCCUGUUUGUUUAUUGUUUGUACUUGACCUACUUCCUGUUUGUUUAUUGUUUGUACUUGACUUACUUCCUGUUUGUUUAUUGUUUGUACUUGACCUACUUCCUGUUUGUUUAUUGUUUGUACUUGACCUACUUCCUGUUUGUUUAUUGUUUGUACUUGACUUACUUCCUGUUUGUUUAUUGUUUGUACUUGACCUACUUCCUGUUUGUUUAUUGUUUGUACUUGACCUACUUCCUGUUUUUUUAUUGUUUGUACUUGACCUACUUCCUGUUUGUUUAUUGUUUGUACUUGACUUACUUCCUGUUUUUUUAUUGUUUGUACUUGACCUACUUCCUGUUUGUUUAUUGUUUGUACUUGACCUACUUCCUGUUUGUUUAUUGUUUGUACUUGACCUACUUCCUGUUUGUUUAUUGUUUGUACUUGACCUACUCCCUGCUUCUUUUGUUGACUCGAUCUUUAUGAAGACCCGUUGCACAGAAAGAAGGUGAAAAGUUUACUUUUGUGAUUUUUGCGUCUUUUUCGUACCUCAAGCCUGCGACUCGGUGCUUUUCUUUCGGUUUUUUCGAGGGGAACCGGAGGCACUUGUUAAUGUUCUACUAAAGGUCAUCUGUCUUUUUGUGUGGAAAUUCUCUACAACACAUAAAAAAACCAAAGCAGAUUUAAAACACUUCAGUUUUUUUGGUUUUGCUGUGAAAGUUUGGUUUGUUGUCGCCAUCUUGUAGCAAAAUGUCCUUUUUAUUUGGUUCAUGUUGCUUUGUAUUUAUGCAAUAGUUGCAUUUUUGUUUGGGACUUCAGGCCUGACUUUACAACAUGUAACAAACACGUGGCAAAAAAAUCAAGGACAAAAAUAAAACAUUUUUCAAUGUUUCAACUGUUCAGUUACCCUUUUUUACAUGCGCCCUCCAGUGACCGUUAUGUGUACUACACCACCACAAUGACACCUUUAGUUGCACAAACUUUUCACUGAGG